UAUUUAGGGCAGGAGAGGAGAGGAAAAAGUUACUUCCAACCUCUCGAGCUCUUCCUUUCACUCUGUUUGGAUAUCGAGAAAAUUGAAAGGAAAAUGGCGCAAACCAUGGCGAUGCCCGUGGCAUCCUCUCUCUCCUUUGUAUGCAACAAAAUUAGCUCCAUUUCUCUCUCUAACACUGCUUCCCUCCCAGUUUCAAAUCCUCCAAAGUAUCGUCGUCUAAUCAUUAAAAACGUUCGUGUUGGAGGAGUGGAAAUUCCGAACAACAAGAGAGUGGAAUUCUCUCUUCAGUACAUCCAUGGGAUUGGUCGUUCCAGGGCUCGUAAAAUUAUCUGGGAUCUCCAAAUGGAGAACAAAAUCACCAAAGAUUUGUCUGACGAAGAACUCAUUACGAUUCGUGAUGAAGUCUCCAAGUAUAUGAUUGAAGGCGACUUGAGGCGGUUCAAUGCUCUUAAUAUAAGGCGAUUGAAGGAGAUUCAGUGCUAUAGAGGGAUUCGCCAUAUCCAGGGCUUGCCUUGUAGAGGACAGCGCACAAAAAACAACUGUCGGACUUUGAAGGGUAAGAAGGUUACUAUUGCUGGAAAGAAGAAAACCCCUCGUUAGUCUAACUGCUUCCGUUCUGAUGAAGUGAUUGCAUGAUUGUAAUUUUAGUUUCGAAAUGAAUACAUUGUAGUACAAUAUGAUUUUAUUUUUUUUCU